UGUGACACGCCCACUAUUCAUGAGGUGGAUGAGGAGGAGGCGGAGUCUGAGACUGAGGGACAGUGCCAAGCAGCCACGCCUACUGAACCAUCUGAAGAGCUGCCACAGCUCAGUUUGGGAAGUGAAGAGGAUCUGGCGGCCGAUCUCCCUCUCACCAGCUUCCAUAUGGAGAGCGAGAGACCCCCGAGCAGUGAGGAGACCCCACCCAGCCCCGCCGAAAUGGAGGAGCUGGAGGAAACACAAGAACGACCGGAUGGAGGAGAGGAGGAGGAGGUUUCCAACAGGUUUAGCCCAUCUCCAGAACCUGCCAGUAUGGCAACGCGAGGCUGGUUUCGCAGGAAGCCCGUCCACCGGCUGGCUGGAGCCCAGCGGACCAGCUAUGACCUACGAGAACGCAUCUGUAUAGGCAGCAUGACAGCCAUAGAGACUGCGGUGUACCAGAAAGUACCUACAGACGAGGCGGAGGCUCAGAUGCUAGCCAGCGCUGAUCUGGAUGACAUGAAAAGUCACCGUUUUGAGGACAAUCCUGGGGUUAGACGUCACCUCGUCAAGAAAUCAUCACGCUGUCAAUUACCACGAACCAGCAAUAGCUCACCUCCUCUGUCCAGCCUGAAGAGGAGGAAGAGGAUGGACAAGAAAACUCAUGAGGUGUUUGUGGAGCUCAAUGAGCUGAUAGUGGAUAAGAACCAGGAGAUGCGCUGGAAAGAGACGGCACGUUGGAUCAAGUUUGAGGAAGACGUGGAGGCAGAGACGGAUCGCUGGGGUAAACCGCAUGUGGCCUCGCUGUCCUUCCGUAGCCUGCUGGAGCUCCGUAGGACCAUCACACAUGGUGCCAUAAUGCUAGAUCUGGAUCAAACCACACUCCCUGGCAUCGCCCACUUGCUGGUGGAAACCAUGAUAAUCUCGGACCAGAUCAGAGCAGAAGACCGAGCCAACGUGCUGCGAGCCCUGCUGCUCAAACACAGUCACCCCAAUGAUGAGAAAGAAGGCCUUUUCCAUCGGAACCACCCUGUCACCAGUCUGGGUGGCUUCCGUCACAACCACAAUCACAUUCACGACACCAGCCUGCCCCUGGUGUCCCAGGACCACGAGGAGAUGCACGACAGCAAAGCGGCAGAACAUGACAAAGAGAAAAACCUCCACCCUGUCCCAGCUGAGGGACUCGCUGCUGCCAGAUCUAUGAAACUCCUGGCAAAGAUUCCCAAGGAUGCCGAGGCCACUGUGGUCUUAGUGGGAUGUGUGGAGUUCUUAGAGAAGCCUGCGAUGGCCUUUGUCCGGCUCAACGAGGCUGUGCUGCUGGAGUCCAUUCUGGAAGUCCCCGUCCCCGUUCGGUUCAUCUUUGUGCUGCUGGGCCCCACGCAGACCAACAUGGACUAUCAUGAGAUUGGACGCUCCUUCUCCACCCUCAUGUCCGAUAAGAACUUCCAUGAGGUAGCGUACUUUGCUGAUGAUCGACAGGACCUGCUUAAUGGCAUCAACGAGUUCUUAGACUGCAGUAUUGUAAUUCCACCAUCAGACGUUGAGGGAAAAGACCUGCUGAAGACCGUGGCCUCCUUCCAGAAACAGAUGCUACGUAAGCGCAAGGAGAGGGAGCUCAAGAAAUGCGGCAGUAUUGUGACAGGAGCUGAGCAGGAGACCAAAGAUGUAAGUACUGAUGAACAGGAUGAUGAGGAUCAGUUUGAUGUUGAUCCUCUCAAGCGCUCUGGUAUUCCCUUUGGAGGUCUGAUUCACGAUAUUCGCCGCCGUUAUCCACGCUACAUAAGCGACCUGAAGGAUGCCAUGGACACACAAUGUAUUGCUGCUGUCAUUUUCAUUUAUUUUGCUGCUCUUUCACCCACUAUCACCUUUGGAGGUUUAUUAGGUGAGAAGACACAAGGCAUGAUAGGAGUCUCUGAGCUCAUCAUCUCCACGGCGACAGUGGGAGUGCUGUUCUCCCUGCUAGCAGGACAGCCUUUGCUCAUAAUUGGCUUCUCUGGACCACUUUUGAACUUCCAUGAGGUAGCGUACUUUGCUGAUGAUCGACAGGACCUGCUUAAUGGCAUCAACGAGUUCUUAGACUGCAGUAUUGUAAUUCCACCAUCAGACGUUGAGGGAAAAGACCUGCUGAAGACCGUGGCCUCCUUCCAGAAACAGAUGCUACGUAAGCGCAAGGAGAGGGAGCUCAAGAAAUGCGGCAGUAUUGUGACAGGAGCUGAGCAGGAGACCAAAGAUGUAAGUACUGAUGAACAGGAUGAUGAGGAUCAGUUUGAUGUUGAUCCUCUCAAGCGCUCUGGUAUUCCCUUUGGAGGUCUGAUUCACGAUAUUCGCCGCCGUUAUCCACGCUACAUAAGCGACCUGAAGGAUGCCAUGGACACACAAUGUAUUGCUGCUGUCAUUUUCAUUUAUUUUGCUGCUCUUUCACCCACUAUCACCUUUGGAGGUUUAUUAGGUGAGAAGACACAAGGCAUGAUAGGAGUCUCUGAGCUCAUCAUCUCCACGGCGACAGUGGGAGUGCUGUUCUCCCUGCUAGCAGGACAGCCUUUGCUCAUAAUUGGCUUCUCUGGACCACUUUUGGUCUUUGAGGAGGCUUUUUAUAAGUUCUGCCAGGCGCAGGGCUUCGAAUAUCUCACAGGCCGAGUGUGGAUCGGGUUCUGGCUCAUCUUCAUUGUCCUAGUGAUCGUGGCAGCUGAGGGAAGCUUCCUCGUGCGAUACAUCUCUCCAUUCACCCAGGAGAUCUUUGCAUUUCUCAUCUCUCUCAUCUUCAUCUAUGAAACCUUCUCUAAGCUAAUUAAGGUGUUUCAAGAGCACCCUCUGAUGAAGAGCUACCCUACAGCUCCUGUACUGCCUGCCUUCAAACCCAUAGACCCUCAAGGACAUAGUGUGAUUGGGGAACCCAUCCUCAACCAGCCCAACACAGCCCUGCUGUCCUUAGUGCUCAUGAUGGGAACCUUCUUUGUGGCCUUCUUUCUGCGAAAAUUUCGUAACAGCAGAUUCCUUGGUGGAAAGGCCAGACGAAUCAUUGGUGAUUUCGGGAUUCCAAUCUCUAUACUCAUCUCCGUGCUGGUGGACUGCAUCAUCCCUGAGACAUACACACAGAAGCUGAACGUCCCUUCUGGUUUCUCGGUCACAUCUCCGGACAAACGGAGCUGGUUUAUCAGCCCCUUUGGAGAUAAACAGCCUUUCCCUGUUUGGAUGAUGGGGGCCUCAGUGAUCCCGGCCCUGCUGGUUUUUAUCCUCAUAUUCAUGGAGACUCAAAUCACCACCUUGAUAGUGAGCAAGAAGGAGCGGCAUUUGGUCAAGGGUUCUGGCUUUCAUCUGGACCUGCUUCUGAUAGUGACUUUAGGAGCUAUCUGCCCGCUCUUCGGUCUGCCCUGGCUGACUGCCGCCACUGUGCGCUCGGUGACUCACGUGAAUGCACUGACAGUCAUGAGCAAAGCCAUUGCCCCCGGAGAGAAGCCCAUGAUCCAAGAAGUUAAAGAGCAGAGGGUGACAGGGAUGUGUGUGUCUAUCCUAGUGGGGUUGUCUAUAGUGAUGACAGAUGUGCUGCGUCAUAUUCCUCUGGCUGUGCUGUUUGGGAUAUUUCUGUACAUGGGCGUCACGUCUCUUACUGGUAUCCAGCUUUAUGAGCGAAUCACACUCAUGGUCACACCUGCUAAACAUCACCCUGACCACAUCUAUGUUACCAAGGUGAAGACAUGGCGUAUGAACAUGUUCACCAUCAUUCAGUUGCUGUGUAUCGCCCUGCUGUGGGUGGUGAAGUCGACAGUAGCCUCUCUGGCCUUUCCCUUCAUCCUAAUCAUGACCGUACCUCUGCGUAGACUCAUCCUGACCAGGAUCUUUGAGGAGAGAGAGCUUGCAGCGUUGGAUGCUGAUGAGUAUUCGCCCAAUUUUGAUGAAGAUGGACGGGAUGAGUACAACGAGAUUCACAUGCUUGUCUAGUCACACGGCUCGCCUCUUCUUCACUGACCAAUCGAAUGCAGGUCUCUGGAUAAUGGGAAAGAUGUACGGAAUGGGAAGAACUCCGAUGCACUGCCCUCUUUCAGAAUUAUUUCACGUGUACUUUGAAAUUUUCUAAACCUCCGUUCUAAAAAGAACCACAGAUCAUGUUCUGGAUACUAUUUUCCUUUUUCUCCGAAAUGUGGCCUACAUGUUUGUCUGCUGCUGCCCAGUGACCUUUGAAUAUGAGAUUAGACACAACCCGUGCACCUUAGACCUCCCAAAGUGCAAUGAUGGUGAGACUAAUCCAAUAGGUUGGUUCUUACACCUCCUAUUCACCCCAUCCCAAUGCACUGCACCCAUGCAGUCCAGACCUACUGCCUGUAGAUCUUAGUUGCCUUGUACUUUACUGUAGGCACUGACCACAGAGUCUGAAUAUUACAGUAGCAUGACCUCUCAGUGCCCUUAGAGUGGUCGGUUCCUUUGCUGUGCUUGAAAACAGUAGUGCAGUCCCUUUAGACGUACUUUAUGCAGUAGUGAUAUUAUUUUGAUCGAUGUAUGCAGUAGUUACAAUACAUUUAAAGGUGCUAUAAGUGAUUUUUAAAAACGGAAUAGCAUGCAGAAAAUGUCCCUGCUUCCUGA